AUGUGCGCCUCGCUGGCGGUGGGUCCACGGUGAUCUCACUCGCGUUCGCGAUCACGCUUUUUUUCGCCACCGCGAAAAUAUUCGUGUAUUGAAAACAAAUUGGAAUGGAUGAAAGACUAUGCAGUACAUAUUAUAAUCGUGAUGCCUGUGGAUUUUUCCGAAGACACUGAAUAUUGGAGAGUUAGUAAACUAAAGGAAAUCAUAAUCCUAUUCUCGCUAGAUUUGAUCUUGAGCACAUCACUUCGAAGGGCCCAAGAGUCUCGGGAUUAAGGAGAUAUCCCACUAUGAACCAAACAUCCGUUUGCAUCCUCGUUAGUUAUUGAUUUGAUUCACUUUAUCGCAGCUGUGAUAAGAAUCUGUCUCCCUCACCAGAUGCUAGGACUUGGAGUCUGUUAUCGAGAUAAUAAUGGAGCUGAAUAGUGUUUAGUUAACACGUGAUAUAAGUGACAGUGCGGACAUUUCUUUGAAAUAUAUUACAAAUGUGCAAAAAAAUUAGUUAAUAUCUCACAAUAAUCGUUAAGGAAAUAAGUUACAAAUCGUGAGGAGAGUUUCCGUGUGUUGUGCGAUAUUGAAACAAUGCAUCAGAGAACAGGUGGUGGUGGUGGGAGCUUGAGUUGGGAGUCCCAGACCAGAGUGUCGAGUGAGAGCCCCGCGCGGACAGCACACACUUGUGAGGUGAGGGAGCACACACCUCACACACUCAACACACACUCUGGCUGCUGGCUGGAGCUACCAGGUGGCCGGGAGUCCAACACAACCUCACCACCACUGUCAUGCCAAGGAUGCCUUCAGUUACCUUCCACGAGGAGUAGUUCCUGUUCUCGUCCCACUCCUCUCUUCCCAGUGACGAGAUGUCCCGGGAGACCUUACUCCUCAACAACACGCUCCAAACCUCCAAUAGUCUGUGGGUCCAACCAACUAUUACUGCUAGUCCUACUCUUCUGCGCCACACUUAACAUCUCCCAUGCUAAAGCUCCCCCGGAGGACGUGGAGACCUUGGCUACGUGGACGGCUCGUCUUCCCUGCAGGGUCAAGAACGUUGACACUCCCUUACUGGUGCUGUGGUACAGGAACAAGGAAACUCUCCCCUUCUACAGUUACGACGCUCGGGGCGGCAACCUGUCAGCGGGCUCGGGUCGAGUGCAUGGCAGUAAUCUGGGCCCGCGGUCCAAGUUUGUGUUGCUGGAGAAGGAGAGUUACCUGCGCGUGGGGUCUGGACAGGACCCAGCCAGCUUCAUACCUGUGUUUCCCGGGUACCUGGAGCUGAGCCACAUCACCAGGGCUGACAAUGGCAGCUUCAGCUGCAGAGUUGACUUCCUCAACUCCCCCACCCAGACCCACAGACUACAUCUAACCGUCUACGAACGGCCGUCGUCAGUGACAGUAGUGGACGGACGAGGUCACACCCUGACUCCAGGACCAGGAGGACUCUACACAGCUGGACCCUUUAACCACACUAGCCCUCUCCUCCUCACCUGCAACGUUCUGGGAGGGUGGCCGGCGCCUACAGUGGAGUGGCUCAGGGGAGGCAGAAGGCUGGUCAGCUCCACUGAUAAUGGGGGCGACGGGUCGGUGGGCAGCCGACUGUUCAUCAACUCUUUGAAAGCCGAGGACUAUAUGGCGGAGGUGCAGUGUGUGGUGACCAACAACAACCUCACGGCGCCUCUCCACACCAGAGUCAGGAUAGACAUGAAUGUGGAACCAACGAGUGUGGUCAUCACAGGUGUGGAGGGAGGCUUGGAGGCCGGAGCCCGUCAAGAGGUCAAAUGCGUCUCUACGGGGUCAAGGCCUCCAGCUAAUCUUACUUGGGACCUUGAAGGAGAACCUGAUUGGUCACCACUACAGGUCACAGAGACGGUGACAAGAACAGGCUCGUCAGAGAGCCGUGUAGUGUGGAACGCCCAGCCUGAGGACAACGAGAAGGGCCUCUCAUGCACAGCCACCAACCCUCGCAAUCCUCACUACUACCUCACUAACUACACCAGACUCGUCGUCUACCACCCGCCGUUGGUGUCCCUGUCCAUAGGUCGCGGUCUGGACCCGGCGUCCAUCAGGGAGGGGGUGGACGUCUACUUCACCUGCAGCGUCCAAGCCAACCCACCAGCCAAUAAGAUCAUAUUCUUCCACGAGGGGACGGAGGUAACACAAGUGCACCAGGCGGAGUUCAGAGUGCUGGUGACGGCCAACUCCCUGGUGCUGCAGAAGGUACAGAGGGUGGGCAGCGGCCGCUACUCCUGUAGAGCCACCAACAACAGAGGCUCCAAAACCAGCAACUUCGUCCGUCUCGAUGUUUUGUACGAGCCGCGGUGCAUGACAGAGAACCAGGUGGUGACUGUCACGCCUGGAGAGAACGCGACGGUUGACUGUGGGGUGGACGCCUUCCCUCCACCACACCGCUUCUCUUGGUCUCUCAACUCCACCAAGGGCCUCCAGGUCGUGCCCAAGGAGGAGUACGAGUCAACAGGCAGUAGCUCGAGGCUGACCUACAUAACACCGUUAACACUCAAGAAGAUGAUCAUUCUCUGUUGGGCCGUCAACGAGCUUGGCACUCUGCGCCAACCCUGCACCACCACACUCAUAGCUGCAGGUGUGCCUGAGCGGGUGGAGAGCUGUGAGGUGGUGGAGCAACGAGUGUCGUCUCUCAAGGUAUCCUGUGUGCCCGGGUUCGACGGAGGCCUCGAGCAACAUUUUAUUGCUUUGGUGAUGGAGCCGCUGACUAACCGUGUAGUAGCCAACGUCACCGCACUCACUCCGGAGUUCAGCAUCGGGGGUCUGGCGGCCGGCUUGGACUACUCCGUUAAAGUCUUCUCCUACAACAGUAAGGGUUCCUCGCCACCUUACCUACUCGACGGCUUCUCGCUCAAAGUCGCUGAGAACCGCAUGGACUCUGGAGGAGGACCUGGCAAGGGGGCGUCGCCCCUGUUGGCGCUCUUCAUAGGUGUGUUGGCUGCCUUCGUGCUGACCCUCACCGUCAUCAUCGUCGCCACCAAGCUGAGGUGUCGGGCCAGAGCCACUGCCAGAGACGGCGACGACGGAGCGGGAGGCAGAAGCGACGACAGCGAAGACGACGAGGGACGAGGGGUGGCCUCCAGGCAGGGUGGAGUUGGGGGCGCCAGGAGAAGCUCCGUCGAGGUGAAACUCAUGUCGGUGGUGAGGCCGGACGAGGAGGACAUGGCCGACGAGUCCCUCAAGCAGCAGCAACAGCAGCAGCAGCAGCAGCAUCAGCUGGGACUCAUCACCCUCCAGGACACAGGAUCGCCCCGGGACUACACCUGCCUGGAGUCCAAGCCUACCUCCGAGUCCCUCUACAGCUCUUGUACCAGUAACCGGUGCGGGAUGGGGUACUCAACGGAGUCUGCUAUGCUACUGUCUUCCUCACCUUCGUCCUGCAGCGCUACGGCGGGUGUCCUGGGAGGCCUUCCUUGCAGUAGUGCCGCUGUUGGUCCUGCUAGCGGGCCUGGUGUAGGAGCAGCAGGACCUGCAGGAAUGAUGGGCAUGAUGUACGGCUCUUUAGGGCGCUCCUUGGGUCAGACUUGGGGCCAGUACAGCACACUGACUCGACCUCCUCCCCCAGCCCACGACCCGGGCGUGGAGACUAGGUUUCACACGCUCUCAACCACCUGCACCCGACGCCCCAGCGAGAGCUUCGUGUGAUGGUGGCCAAGAUGUCUAUACACGUGACAAUUGCCUCUAUGACUUAUGCGUCGCGUUUGUGACUUGUGCCUCUCAGCGUCUAUGACUUUGUGAUCACAUAUGUACAGUGAGGUUGAUGACUCUCGGUCGAGAGAUAUGAGAUGAACGUCUAUUUUGUACAAAUUAUGUGAAAUCUUCACAAAAUUAUAAUAAUUGUGUAUCGCAGCAUUCAACACAAGUGACUCACAACAGACUGCUGUAUGAAUUAGAUCUCAAAUCUAAGUAAAGAGCCUGUUUUUGUUAUUAUAUCUUCGCCAGAGAUCCAUUAUUUUGUACCUAAUAUUUCAUUUUUGAAUUCUAUGUCCCAAAUUUUAUUAUGUCAAAAUUCAGUUAAAA